AUGCGGCGGCCCUGCAAGGUGGCGGCGGCCCUGCUGUGCCUGGCCGUGCUGCUGCUGCUCUAUCUGCUGGCGGGCGGCGCGGCCCCGCCGCCCUCGCCCUCCGCGGCCGCCCGCCGCCCGCCGCGCCUCGGCCGGAGCCCCCCGAGGAGGAGCCCCGCGGGCGGCGGCGGCGCCAGGAAGCCUGAAGAGCAGAAACAUCCGAAGGAGCCCUCAUCCUUGCAGUGCAUGCAUCUGGCAGUGGUGGCAUGUGGGGACCGGCUGGAGGAGACGCUGAUCAUGCUGAAAUCCGCGCUUCUCUUCAGCAACAGGAGGCUCUGCUUCCACAUCUUUGCCGAGGAUUCCCUUAAGCCUGGAUUUGAGAAGAAGUUAAAGGAGUGGCCUUCCUCAUAUACAAAGAAGUUUGAGUCCAACUUUUACCCAAUAACCUUCUCAGUAGGAAAUGCUCAGGAAUGGAAAAAGUUAUUCAAGCCAUGUGCUGCCCAGCGCCUGUUUCUUCCGGUGAUUUUAAAGGAUGUGGAUUCCCUGCUGUACGUGGACACUGAUGUGCUCUUCCUGAGGCCCAUCGAUGACAUCUGGCACCUCCUGCGAGAGUUCAACUCCACCCAGCUGGCUGCCAUGGCCCCCGAGCACGAGAUCCCCAAGAUCGGCUGGUACAGCCGCUUCGCCCGUCACCCUUACUACGGCGCCACCGGCGUCAACUCCGGCGUGAUGCUGAUGAAUUUGACACGGAUCCGCAGCACUCAGUUCAAGAACAGCUUGGUACCAGGUGGCUUGACUUGGGAGGAAAUGUUAUAUCCCUUGUACCAGAAGUACAAAAAUUACAUCACGUGGGGAGACCAGGAUUUGCUAAAUAUCAUUUUUUACUUUAACCCAGAGUGUCUGUACGUGUUCCCCUGCCAGUGGAACUACCGGCCCGACCACUGCAUGUACGGCAGCAACUGCAGGGGGGCGGAGGAGGAGGGGGUCUCCAUCCUGCACGGCAACAGAGGAGUGUUCCACGAUGACAAGCAGCCCACCUUCAAGGCCCUCUACGAGGUGAUCCGGGAUUUUCCAUUUGAAGACAAUCUCUUCCAGUCCUUGUACUACCCUCUGCAGUCGAAGUUUCUGGAUACAGUGCACACUUUGUGUGGGAGAAUUCCACAAGUAUUUUUGAAGCAAAUUGAGAAAACUAUGAAGAAGGUGUAUGAAAAUCGUGUCAUUGUGUACUUGGGGGCCAACCACAGAUACUAGCUGUAGUUCUCUUCUUACACGGAAGUUUUAAGUCUUGUACUGCAUUUCAUGAAGGAUAUAAAGGAAGAAUAUGAACUCUUUUAUUGAAACCCAGAAUUAAAAUACUUCAUUUUCUAAUAACCCUUGAAAUUACAAGAAGCAGGAAAUCCUAGAAGCCUAAUGAGGUUGUUGCUGAGAACAGCAGGAGAAUCCUUUCUUCGUGGAGUACAGCUGUGGCCUGCCUCCCCAGUCCCUUACAGUUUAGGAAGGUACUCUCUGGCUUGGUAAUGUGAGUUGUAUUAGGCACAGUCCAAGACUUUUGUCAAUGAAGAGUACAAACCCAGGUACUGUUGAUCCAUUUUCCUCUUUAAGUGCUAUUCCCUGCACAGUAACAGCAAUAUUCCGCUGCCAGUUUUCCAUCCCUGCCUUGGGAGAUGGCCAGUGCUGCCCCUCACUCCCUUCUCCUGCACAGAAAUGUAUUUCUGCCUGGCACUUCCAUUUCUGGGAUCACAGAACCACAGAAUUCUAGAAUGGUUUGGGUUGGAAGGGACCAUCAUGGAUAUCUUGUUCCACACCCUGCCAUGGGCCAGGACACCUUCCACUAGACCAGUUUACUCCAGACCUGUCCAACCUGGCCUUGAACACUUCCAGGGAUGGGGAAGUUGAGAUCUUUAUGGUGGGAUCGUAAUGAAUAGCCUCAAAGUGGAAGAGGAUACAAAAUGGCUUUGAUGUUUAUUUAAAAUACUUCAUUUGGCUUAAAUUCCAAAGCAUGAUCAUCAUCUCGUGAUAUGCACAAAGAGCUUAUUUAAAUUGCAGUAGCUGAAAGGUGCUUGGGAGCAUUCCCUGGGGAACUGGAAGUGAGGACACUCCUACAGAGCAGCGAUCCAAGAGCAGACUCACUCCUAAAGAGCAGUGAUCCAGGAGCAGACUCCCAGAGGGCAUUUUCUAGGUGUAAGCCCCAAGGGUGUGUGUAGGAGUGCUUCAAGGAAGCAGCAGAGAAAAUGAUCUCACUUUUCAAGUCUGUUCAGCAGAAGACAUCAGCCGUGACUCGGAACUGCUCACUUUUGUAUCUAACAGGCAAAGUAGGAGUGAGGUGAGCAGGGUGAGAUAAUGAAGCCUUCCCCUAAUGAGAGGAAAAACUGGCACAGAUGGGAUACUCUGUACAUGUAUCAUACAUUUCUUAGAGAGACGAGGUUGGGGACUGUGGAUGAGGGAAAGGUGUUCCCAAAGUUAAAACAGGAUUUGUGAGGAGUUGCAGCUUAGGGCUUUCUCCCCUAUCCAGUCAGGAAUAAUGCAGGGUUUCAUAAGAAAACAGACUCCAGGAGCUUCCCUUUUAUCUCGCACAUUUCUCUCCUUGUGUGGCAGUUCCUGAGAGGAGGGAAAACAUGACCAGGCUGCCAGAUAAGAGCCUGUGCACGGGAUGGAGUUUCAAGAAGCUCUUCCCAAACCCUGGAGCGUGAGAGUGUCUGUGACACAGUCUGGCAGAGAGAGCAGGGCUGCAGGCAAGGGAGUGGUGGGACAGGGACUUGGAGCAAGGGACAGCAGAACUUCCAAACCUUCCAGCAUGACAGGAACAGAAACCCUGUUUGCCCCCCUGCUGCAAAUCCUAAUCACAGUUUGAUUAAACAAUGUGUUUUGAGUCCAGCCCUUAUCUCGCAGUGUUUGCCACUUGAGUGUAAAUUGACAUCUGAAGGACAGAGGCAGCUUGACCGUGGUGAUUGAAAGCCUGGGACCCAGUAAGUCAUUUAAACUUGAGCAGAGAUGCCUUUCCAAAUUGCCUUAGGAUUUUCUAUUUCAGCUGAAGUUUCAGUUGCCAAUUUAAACAAGAGUACACUUCUACUUACUGAGACAAGUUUGAAAUGUAACCCAAAUGAGCAUUGAAGAUUUCAGAACCAGAAGGCAGAGAAAAGAAGGUAAAGCUGCUGAUUUAAAAAGUUUAAAACAAUGUAUGACAGGUAAACCUUUAGGCCAGCAGUUCUGAGAGCUUGUAUAAAGUAUUAGCUUGCUUUUGGUCUUUAUUUUCAAGUAUCAGGGUAAAGCUGACACGGGUCUAAGGAGGCUGGUGGAGCUGCAUGCUGGGCAGGCUGAAUUCCUGAUUUCCAUGGUGUCUCCAAGCCACAGAAGGCUGCAGAGCAAAGUCUUGCUGCCCAGACAGUUGCAGCCCCAGUGCUGAGGCUCUGGAGUCUCGGAGGCUGUGGUUGUGUAAGCUGUGAUUCAGCAGAACCCUGCAACUAUGGGCACAUUCAAAUGAAGGAGUGGAAUUCAUUACAAAACAAAGGCAUUAUUGCAUAUGAACUGAUUAGAGAUUAAAGCAGUGCUUUUUAUGUUCACAGGAGGUGCUACGUUGUGUUUAGAAAGAACUGAGUUAUGUUCUCAACAGCUAUUAAAUAUAUGAAGUAUUUGCUUUAACAUGAAGACUCUUGUUAAUAUAAUAUCAGCUGGCAGGAAAAUUGGGGGAGGUUUUCCCCCCUGCUGGGGCUUUUUCUGAGGAAAAAUAGCAAUAAUUUGAGCUCUCCAAAGUGUUUUAAAACAAUUAUGUAACUUUGUUUUUUGUUGUUGUUAGAAUUCUUAAUUUAUAUUUCACUACAGCUUCCAAGACCAUGUUAUAUUUUAGUUUUAACAGUAGUUGAUUGUAAUAUUCAUCUUUGAAACCAGUUUUAAUUCAUUUCGUAUUUCAUACUUGUGGCUAAUUCCAUGUUAAUUAGCCUUCAUUUAUCUUAAUAAUGGGAUGUGUAAAUACUUACAAAGACUUUAUGUCCUCAUUUCCCCUUCCUCUCCUGUGUUUUUAGUUAUUUCCAAUGGUAUAAGGGAUCGAGCUCACCAGCAUUUUGCUUACAGGGGAAGGAAACUGCUCAUGUGUGUGCGUGUGUGUGUAAAAAAUGUCCCUUUUCUCUGUCACUGAAUUGCUUGUGGAUUUUUCUUUGACAAGUGCACUGAUUGUUACAGCUCCCAAGGAGGCUGAGCAGUGCAUUUCUGGGUUGAGGACGAUCCUUUAGCUGUACAAUACAAAUAAAUGACAU